UUUUAUUUAAACCAAACGAUUAAAGACAAAAUUAUUUGGAUAACAGUCGUAAAUAAUUGUAAACGGAAUGAAAAAGUCAAGGUUACAUCCGCGAGUUCGUUUACCUCUUCAAAGAUUACUCAUGAUGAAACUCUGCGGUCGUGUGUUUGUUAUGCACUAUUUUUCCUGCACUCUCACAAAAAUGAGUCGAAAUUUAUAAGAAAAAAUGUCUCGAUCGCGCCUAUUUCCAAAACUUUUUAUUGUUGCCCUAAUCUCGCAUUCAUACAGUUCUGAGGAAAACAAUGGAAUAUUUCAGUCAGAUAUUGGGGACCAAAUGACAAUCGGCUUAAGCGAUACGGGAUACAAGAGUGUUCAAUUAAAAUGCGGUUCGAAUUCAAUGCUGGUAGCGCUGGAAACGGAUGAGGACUUUGACGGUGUGAUUUACACCAGAGGCAAUUUUCACGAUAAAACUUCGGCCUGUUUCCUCGACCCGGGGCCUCAGAGGGGCCAACGGUCCUUUUCCAUCAAGUUUCCCUUGGAUCAGUGCAACACCAAAAAAAAAGGUGAAACCUACUCAAAUACUUUGGUUUUGCAACACGACAAGGAGUUAAUAAUGCCAGGCGAUGCGGCUUUUCACCUGGAAUGCGACUACAGUAAGCCUAGAGACGUCACUGUUAACGCAAAUUUGCAUAAUGAAAAGUCUGUAACUUCACGGAUCACUCUGACCGAUGCGGACCCUUCGUUUAAGAAAAACAAAAGAGACAAAAGAUCGACAAUUGAAAAUAAAACCGAUUCAGUUGUCUUAACACAAGAGUUUCUAAGAGGGCGUAUGUCACCAAAUAUUUAAAUUGGAAACAUUGUGAUAAAAGCCUCGAAAAUAAACUGAAAAAAUGUGUGUGAAACUACAACUUGAGAUUAUAUUUUUUAUUAACACAAGUCCCACUUUCAAUAUCAAUACCAAUGCAGAUACCCACUAUACAUAUUUAUGUUUGAAAAACAGUACUACAACCUCGUGAGCACAUGAAGUGCUCUGUGCGGGUUUCACAAAAAUUAUGUUAAAAUCGGCAGAAAUUCACGGAAAAACAACCAGAAAAUACGCUAAACUUACGACUAUUUUGAAAAAAAAGCACAGCCUUCGUGAUGGACAGCAAACUGCGUUUUCACACGUAACUCUUAAUAAUAUAAAAGCCUAAUGAACAAAAGCUUUAAAAAAUCUUUUUAUUAUAUAUUUAAUAAAUUAUUA